UCAACGAGCCGCGUUGUCACCCCAGCGUGCCGAUAGGCCAACGAAAUGCCAGCCUAAAACGGCGCUGCAGUGCCGUCGUCCCCACCGGUGGUCGUCCUCCCCGUCCAGCCUAUCGCUUGCUCCCUGCCCAUGUGCGUGUGCGGGCACACCAUGCAAAUGGCCGCACUACCGUUCGUGCCCCGAACCUCACCAACCUCGCUAAUCAUAGUUAAUUAGCUAGUGGCCUGUGACUGGCUAACAGCUUACUCAUCUCGCUGCUACUAGCUAGCUAGUAGUUCACUUCAGUCUUUGGCGGUAGUGUGAGGCGUUGCCGCGGCCAUGGCGAUGCGGCGCGUUGUUGCGGCGGCGUUGCUGGCCUGCCUCCUGCUGCCGAUGGCCUCGGUGCGCGGGCGCAACAUCACGGCUAUGCUCGGCGGAUACAAAGAGUACAAGCUGUACAACAAGUACCUGUCGGAGACGAAGGUGUGCGACGAGAUCAACGCGCGGCAGUCGACGUCGAUGACCAUCCUCGUGCUCUCCGACGAUGCCAUGUCCAAGCUCGUCUCCGACGCCGGGGAAUCUCUGGCCGCCAUCAAGAACGCGCUCCGCCUCCUCUCGGUGCUCGACUACUACGACCGCAAGAAGGUGAAGAAAUACGGCAGCGAGAGCGCCGCCACGCUCUACCAGGCCACCGGCGACGCCGUCAGCACCACGGGAAACGUCAAGGUCACCGACCAGGACGGCAGCAAUUACGGCUUCGCGUCCGCCACUCCCGGCGCCAAGGUAUCCACCGUGACCAAGGAGGUCAAGACGAUGUCGUUCAAGUUCUCCAUCCUCGAGAUCUCGGCACCCGUCGAGUUCGACGGCCUCUUCGACACACCGACGACGUCCAACCUCACACGGCUUCUGGAGAAGGCCGGGUGCAAGCGAUUUGCGGCGCUCGUCGCCAGCACCGGCGUGCUCAAGACGUACGAGUCGGCCAUGGACAACGGACUCACCCUGUUCGCGCCCGACGACGACGCGUUCCAGGCGAAGGGCGCGCUCGACGUCAAGAAUAUGUCCAGCGCCGACCUUGUCACGCUCCUCAAGUACCACGCGCUGCCGGAGUACUACCCCAAGACGUCGCUCAAGGCGGUGAAGGGCCCGCUCCGCACGCUGGCCUCGACCAAGGCCGGGAAGGACGACGUCUCGGUGGUGGCGCAGGGCGACGACGUCUCGCUCGCCACCGGCGGCGGCAAGUCCCGCGUGGCGGACACGGUCCUGGACAACACGCCGUUCUGCUUGCUCAAGGUGGACAGCCUCUUAGUGCCGGCCGAGCUCGCCGGGGCGCCGGAGCCAGCCGCGCCGGCGCCUUCUCCCACGGAGGCGCCACAGAGCUCUCCGCCCGCGCCGCAACCGGCGGACGCGUCUUCGGUGGCCGCGGAUCACGCGGAUCACAAGUCCAAGAAGGCGUCGUCCGCCGUUGCAUCUCGGUCAGUCGGUGGUACGUUCGCGGCGGCGGCCGUGUGUUCCGUCGUGCUUGCGUCCCUGCUGUGAUGGUAGUGAACAUUGGCACAUCCAUAGUUGCUUGGCAGCUCGUCUCAUGGCUUCAAGCAGAUACUAUGUUUUCCUUCGAUCCUUUUCCCUUCCCGUUUUGGGCUGUUCAUUGAUUGUACGAGGAUGCUACAUUGACAUUUCUCUGUGUAAUUUGGGAAAACUUUGUACA